CUUGCACAAGAAAAGUAGACUUCAAAAUGGGUGCUAAACGGAAGACUGGAAGUACCAAGAACCCACCAAUAUUUAGUCAUGAAUUUAUCAUUCAAAACCAUGCAGAUAUUGUUUCAUGUAUUGCUAUGGUCAUCGUUGUUGGGCUGAUGUUCCAGGUUUCAACUCCGUUUGCAACAUUAUUUGUGACUAUGCAACAUAAUCUGACUGUCAACACAUCAGAGGAAAACAAAGAACCUGAGCAAUUAACACUGUACACAUAUGGCAUGAAGGACCUUUGUUCGAUUUUCUUCUAUUUCCUGAUCACUAUUGUUCUUCAUGCUGUGGUCCAGGAGUACUUGCUUGAUAAACUCAACCGUAAAUUGCAUUUGUCCAAGUCAAAGCACUCAAAAUUCAACGAAUCUGGACAACUAUUAGUUUUCUACCUAAUUUCAAUUGUUUGGGGCAUGGACACAAUGAUUAAGGAAGGAUUUACUCAGAAUUUGUCUUUUAUGUGGGAAGGGUACCCACAUGCCACUUUGUCAUUCACUCUCAAGUUCUACUUCGUAAUUCAAAUUGCGUACUGGCUGCACACAUUCCCAGAAAUUUACUUUCAGAAAGUGAAAAAGGAGGAGAUGAGUGCCCGGCUCCGUUACCAACUACUUUACUCAAUUGUAAUUAUUGCCGGCUUCUUGCUAAACUUGACUCACCUUACUCUUGUAUGCCUCAUUAUCCACUAUUUUAUUGAGAUGAUUUUCCACUUUGCUCGACUUAUGUAUUUCAGUGACAAACCAGACCUAUCAGACCCAUCAUUUAUUGUGUGGGCAGUCCUAUUCAUCAUAGCUCGAUUGGUGACAGUUACUCUGAAUAUUCUUGCAGUAGGAUUUGGAUUAGGCAAGGCAACAAACCAGGAAAUCAAUACCGAGGCAGGAAACUUCAAUGUUCUACCAAUAAGAAUUAGUGUGUUGACUGCUGUCUGUCUGCUUGAGGCCUGGAUGUUAUGGAACUUCUUAACAUUCCAGCUACGUCGUUACCGUGAAAACCAAGCUUUUACGGCCAAAAAGAAGUUUGUCCCGAAAGUUAAGGACAAGAAAGCAAAGAAAGAACCUGCAGUGAAGAAUGUCCUCGCCGAGCAACAGAAUGACUCAAGUGCAAAUGAAGCCUCCCCUAAAGCUGUAAAUGGAGGAGUCCGCACCCGAUCAAAAAUCAAGAAGAAAUGAGAUCUUAACGGAGUCGUACUUUGUUUCAGUUCAUACUUCAUUUUUCUUUCAGUCUCUUUGAAUUGACCUAAUAUGAACUGCUCCUUUAUCAGUUUAUCUUGAAUUCAUGUUUAGCUUAUUCACUCCCUGGGGCCACAUUUUGUUCAUCAUCACCCACCCUUUAUUUUGUUUAUUGUCACCUUCCCCAGGGACAUAUUUUGUGUAACUCUACUCCACUGUGGAAUAACAUUAAAAACUAUAUCUGAAAUACAUUUUGUUUUUGGUCUAAGAAAACCAGGUUCUUCAAUUUUCCAAGGUGAUUCGGUUUUGUGCUUUGACAAAUUUCAACAUAGUUUGCAUUCUUUUGGUUUAUGGAACCUUUAAUAAACAGGCACACAUGGGAACAUUACAAAAAACUAACAAAUGACGUGAAUUCAAAUUAAAUUAAAAGUUGCUUGCAGGAGUGUCACUCACGAUAUGUUUAAAAAAAUCAUUUUGAUUGGUUAAACAUUCCUGCAUUUGAGUAUUGUUCAUUGUGAUUGGUCAAAUCUGCUUGGUGUGGGUAUCAUUCAUUGUGAUUAACCAAAUUGAUAAAGGAGUAACACUCUUUGUGAUUGGUCAAACAAAACUGUAUUUAAGUAUGGCUCAUUGGGAUUAGUCGGAUCUGCUUAGCGUGAUCGAGUAUCGCUCCUUGUGAUUGGUCGAACUGCUUUUGAAUGAGAAUUUCUGUUGUUGAUUGGACUUCUAGAUUAAAUGUAUUGGCAUUGUUCCUUUAUAUAAUCUGAUUUUAUGUUUUUGACAUAGCUUGUAACAUUUAAUUUAUUAGUUAAACACAAUAACACAUUUUACUCAGUGUUUUACUUUGAUGCAGACAUUUUGGUAUGGAGUAAUUUUUUAACGUAAAAUAUUGACUAUUUUUAUUUAUUUUAUUAUUUUUAUAUUGGCAAAAUAUCAAAAGAAACAGCAUCAAAUUAAGUGCAUUUAUGAGGAGCAACAAAAGUGAACCACUGUCAUCCAAGGAAUGUGCUGCUACCAGAAAGAAAAAAAAGAAAACACCAAAAAGCAUUAAUAAAAAUAGAUUUUAAACAAUAUUACAUUAAUGUUCUUAAGAUAACAGAUUUGAAAUAGAUUAAGAAAUAGGCAACUGGCUUAUAGUACUUUUAUUUAAUAUGGGGAGUACUAUCAAACACUACUUAUGGUAUAACCCAAGUGCAACAAAUUUUAUCUUUCAGAUUACAAACAUAAAUUGUGGAAACAUUUCUUACAAUUUUAUUUACGUAUUUUAUUGCUUGUACAUGGAAUAGUAAGGCUCUGUGUACUGUGUUGGCAGACGAUUGGAUGCACAGUGGAUUGUUUUUAAUGACAAUUUACUCAGACUGCUACUGGUUGGCAUUGAAUUGGGCAAGCCCUUUUACGAUGCUCGGAUGAAUUGGUCGGCAGACACAUUGUGCUUGCACAGAAUGGCUAUAAUGCUAUAUCUAAAGGGGGAUUAGAUAGAUAUUUCUAAUAGUGAGAAAAAAAUCUGGACGAUUUGAACUUAGGACCCUGGGAUUGGACGGCAAGCUUAACCACAGAGCUGCAGCAAUUUCUCCGGAAUGUCUGUAGCUAGAUGAUAAAUACAGUAGUUGCAGGCAAUAGUAAAAAUAAAAAUCUAUUGCAAUAUAGAUAUAUUAUUUUUGAGAUUUGAUAAUAAAACAAAUUAGGUAAUUAGCCAAUAAGGCUGUUUAUUCUUUCACAGAUGCAUAAUGUUACUUUAGAAAGGAAAAACACUAUGAAAUUACAUCAUAUGUAUACAACUGAUAAUGAAUGUUAGAGGGGUUGGGAGUUUCCACAAUUCAACUGGACAACUUUUUUGUUGAACUUUAAUUAUACUGGUACAUUUUGUAAUGUAGUGAAAGGUUGAUGAGAGAGCUUCCGAAAUAAUGUGGAGUUAAUAUCCAGCACAGAUAUGCACUGGAUAAUGGUAUGAACAGAAGUACUCUUGCACCGACAACACCUCUUGCAUAAAUAUAUUUACAUAUGCAUACACGAGGUUCUUUUUUUUUUUUGCCAGAAAGGUGUGCAUUAUUACACUUAGAUUUUAGGUGUGGUAUUACUAGUUAUGUACUGCAAUAUGUAGGCCCGUAACCUGGAAUCCAUAAGGGUUACCUAUGUAAUCCUUAGGUCAAGGUGUCCAGGUGCAUUAAUGAAAUCCAGGGGAUCAAUUCCCUGGGACUUAAGCAUUCUACCACACAGAUGAUGAAUUUCAUCAUCAUUUUUAUUGGUUUUUCUUAUUCAAGACAAGCAUUCUAGCACACAGAUGGUGAAUUUCAUCAUCAUUUUUAUUAGUUUUUCUUAUUCAAGAUGUUUAGGUAGUUUUGGUGUAUCAGAGGAUUCGCUUGGAAAGAGUGUUUGGCCUAACAAUAGAAACCCCCCAGUUACGGGCCUCAUAAAAUGCUAAAUAGUAUUAUUUUGUGGCUAGUUGCACGAUUGUAUAUACUAUAGAAUUUAUUAACGUCAUAAGUUAGCCUAGCAUUUUGUUGAUUUUGUGAUGUCAAGCAUGGUUUGUAACACAUUGAUAUAAAAGAUGACAUAGUCCUCCCUUCCUACACAUGAACUUGUCGCUCAUUCCUUGAAGUCUUAAUAUCCAUUUUCAGAAUAAUCCUUAAUAUCUUUUGUACAACUCUUUUUCAUUGGUGAUUGUGGGAUACACAUUUCCUGAGAUAUUUUAGAACGUAUUAUGCUAUUAUGGCCUAAUUUUUUUUUGUCCAAGCUGUCCAAAACAGGGUGGGCUUGGCCUGUUUGAUGGAAUGAAGUCCACUUUCUAGUAACACUUACGAUUCUUACUGUGUUUUUAUCCUAACUUAAUGAUGUUACGAAGUCAAAUAUAUUUGUCCCUGUCUCUAGAAUUAUUGCAUAUUGAUUGACUCUGGAAAGUUCUUAUUGCCUGAGAUAUUCGGGACUCAAAAUUUUAAGUGCAUUGGUUUGUAGAGUGGCUCCAGCAUCCGUGGGGACACAUGCAAGAAUCAUAAAUCUGAAAUCUUUGAUCUUCCACUUCUGAAGCAGUAAAUAUAUUUUGAAACCCUUCUAAGAUGCAAGUACCGGUCUCGCUCCAAGUAAGGACCACUUCUGGGACUGGGGACUGUUUUUUCCAUGGUCUUUAGCAGCUUUGGUCUCUAAUUAGAAUAAAGAAAAGACAUUUUUUAAUUUGGAACCACAGAAAAGUGGUCUUUAAUUGGAGGUAGACUUGUAAUGUUUACUUAGUGGAUUACCAUAUGCUUUAUACUAAUGAAACAGGUUAUUUUGUUUCAGUUGGAUGAAGAUGAUUACUUUGUAAUCUUGCAUUGUCUAGUACUAUACUAUUUUAAAGAACCAAUUGUUGUACUGUCAACUCUUGCCUACCAACUACUGUACCUACUUUUAGAACUAAUUUAUGUCAAAAUUUAAAAUUAAGUAAAAGUUAACCAAACAUACCCUGUAGUUAGUAGUGUCCAAAACUGGGUAUGAGUUGACUGUACAGUAAAUUUCUUUUAUCCUAGUGUUUCUAAGUAUUGUGUGAAUUAUUCCAAAGAAAUAAGUACAAUAGUUUUCUACUCCUGCAAAUUGACCUACUAUCCAACAAAAUAAUUAGAUUUUGAAGCCUACCGGUAAUAACAUUUUCAGCAGCAAUUUAUUAGUGUACUAGUGUUGUGAUAAAUAAGUUACCUAGUAAUUAAUACAUUAUGCUAUUAGAAUUAUAGAGUGAAAAAUAUAAUUAAGAUUAAACAUUGUUUGGAUAAUGAAUUUAUGAACAGAUUUAUAACUUUAAUGAAAGUAUUAUAGGUAUUGAUAUUUAACAUGAUUUUAAUUAAUAUCGAUUUCCAUAUAUUGUGUUGGUCGUUGACUACAUUUUAAUUAACGGUCCGAUGAAAUCUGAUUCAAUUUAUAUACAUUUUGUAGUCCUCAAGCCCAAGAUAUCUUUUCUCUGAAAUGUUUAGGUAGUUAAUUGAAUAUAAAAAUAAUUGUUUCUAUGUAUAAAAUGCUAUGGCUUCACAUAAUUAACAAUUUACAGAAGCAGCUGUAUUGUUUGAUCAAUAUUAAAACACUUUUGGAAAAACAAGCGCUUUGAAAUCCAUGGAAAAGGCACUAACCAAAAAAUAUAUACUGUAUAUAAAUAGCAAAAUCAAAAUUUCUUAUGCUGUGUUCUAAAAUUGACAACCAAUUUCAAGAAAGUUCAGUGAAAUUUCCACACCUACAAGUUAUUCCUUGCUUAUCUUUCUCUUUUGUUUUGUUGUUUGUGCUUAACUGCCAAUAGAUAUAAUAUUUCAUUCUUAUCUUCCAUAAAUUUAAUCUUAUUAGUUGCAUUUCUAAUGUAAGUUAAACAUUUCAUUGUAAAAUACAUUGUGUUACUGAAAAUGCUUCUUUUUGUCUUUGCUUUUUGUCAAAAUAUUCUAAGAUUAAUAAAAUACUUAUAAAACCAAUUAUUU